UAAAAAUUCAUUAAAAAUCUAAAGAUGAUAUUAUAGGUUUAAAAUUUAUUAAUAUUAGGAGCUAGAAGGUGAAAGUUUGUAUUGGUAUGGAUUUCUGAAGACCAAAUUCUUUAUUAUUAUUAGUAAUAAUAAAACAGAAAUCAAGUAUGCUACUAAAGACGGAUAAAUAAUGAGAAUGUAAUAUAAAUUAUUUAAAUUUAGCGAUUACAAUAAAGACCCCUAAGGGACUCCACAAAUCCUAUAUAAUUUAGAAUAAAUCAAAUAUCUUUAAUGGGUUGGGUAGUAUGGGGAGAAUCUUAAAAAAGUUGGAAAUUGGGUGGCCAUUUGGAAAGGUCAUAAAUUAAAGAAUGUAGGGGGUAAGUACUCAGAAGAAGGAAAAAAAAUAGGGUUUUGGGUAGAAUUAUCAAGUAAUUUUAUGGAGUAAGAUUUAAUUUUAUAAUAAUAAUUUAUAGAUAAUCACCAGUAUAUGAAGUUGGAGAGUAUGUUGAUGAUUAAAGGAGAGGAUAAUGGAAAUAUUUAUUUAAGGAUUAUGAAGUGUAUUAAUUUUUUACAUUCUCUUAUGUAGAGGAGGUGGAAAUUAUAAUGAAAAAGGAAUAAAAAAUGAAAAUUGGAUUGAGUUGAGUAAAUCUUUUACAAAGUAAAUUUGAUAUAUAAAAACAUAAAUAAGUUAUUAAUAAGUCACUUAUAAUGGAAAAUAUAAAAAUGGUAAAAAAAUUGGUUUGUGGGUUGAAUGUUUGAGGAUGAAUGGGUAUUAAUCCUUUAAAGUGAUGUAUGGAUUAUAAAUAGUUAUUAUUUAGUGGAGAAGGGUAUUAUGAUAAAGAGGGUAAAGAGCUAAAAAUUGGUAGUUGGGUAGAAUUAAUUGAUUUAGGAAUGUAAAUGAAUGAUUAGAAAUUAAAGUUUUAAGGGUAGCUAAAUAACAUUUAAUGGGUUAUAUAAUAAUGGUUAGAAAAUUGGUAGAUGGAAUAAAUUGAGUAGUAAUAAAUUUUCUGAUAUAAGGAAAAAAAUGUAAUUAAUAUAAUCUAUUUUAAUUUUAAUUUUAGUGGUGGUGGAUAGUAUGAUGAAAGAGGAUUGAAAAAUGGAAAAUGGGUUGAAUUUGAUGAUCAUUCUGAUAGGUAUAAAAUCAUUAAAUAUUAUUUAAACACUAAAAGAUAAAUCACUUAUUGUGGUGAGUAUAAAAAUGGAUAAAAAGUUGGUUUAUGGAAUUUAUUUUGGAAUCACGUUCAAAAAUAAGAGUUGAUGUAAUUAUAAUUAUACUUAUUAAUUAAGUGGAGGUGGAUGUUAUGAAAUAAAGUAAGGAGGACUUAAGAAUGGAAAAUGGAUUGAAACAAGUGAUAAUGUUGAUAAGUACAAGAAUCAUAAUUAAAUUAAUUUUAGAUUUGAAUAAAUCACUUAUAAUGGUGUUUACAAAGAUGGUAAAAAAAUUGGUAAAUGGGAUAUUUUUUGGAGAGAAUUACUAGAAAAAGAUUUUCAUUUGAUGUAAAAUGAUUAACCAUUGAAUAUUAGAGGUGGUGGGUCUUAUAAUGAAAUAGAUUUAGGAAAGAAGGAAGGAAAAUGGAAGGAGUUGAGUUUAACUUUUUCAAAGUAUAAUGAUUUUGUCUUAUUAUUCAGACAAUGUUAAAUUAUUUUUGAUGGUGAAUAUAAAAAUAAUUAAAGAAUUGGUAGAUGGAAUACAUAUUUUAGAAGAAAAGAGGAACAGUUUAACUAGAUGUAAAUAAUAUAUGUAUUAAUGCAAGUGGUGGUGGAGAUUAUAACUCUGAGAACGGAUUGAAAUAGGGAAAAUGGAUUGAUUUAUUUGAUAAUUUUAGAGGGUAAAGAAAUAUUGUAUUAGUUAGAGAAAGUUAAGUGACUUAUAAUGGAGAAUAUAAAAAUGGAUAAAGAGUAGGAAAAUGGGAUAUCUAUUUUCAAGAAACUUUAGGUGAAAAUUAAGAAUAGAUGUAAAAAAUUAUUAAUUAACUUAAAAAAAAGAGGUGGAGGCUCAUAUGACCUAACAGAAGGAGGCAUUAAAAAUGGAAUAUGGAUUGAAUUGAGUGAAACUUUUUAGAAGUAUUUGAUUUUAAUAAUAUUUAGUUAAUGUUAGGUUAUAUAUCAAGGUGAAUAUUAAAAUGGGAUAAAAGUUGGAAAAUGGGAGGAGAAAAAGAGAGAUUUUUAUGCAUUUAAUAAAAAUUUUCUCAAAAGGUAUUAUUAAUUUAAAAACUAUAGAAAGGAAUAUGAUUAUGAAUAUUGA